GAAAUGAACGGUUUUUUGGAUCAAGAUAGCCAUAAUUUUGAGGAAAUAAAAGUCAAAUUUGAGGAUAAUAAAUUUUAUAGUGAAGAUGAGAAUGAAUUUAAUGAUGAAAGCGACAAUGAAUUUGGUAGUGAAAAUGAAAGCGAGAUCGAAGAAGAUGAUAAAACUAGAUUUAAUAAAGGAGAGACUGUGAUAUUCAUAUCUAAUGAAAUUAAUAAAAUGCUUGAACAAGAUUAUAUUACAGCAAAAGACAUUCUCAAUACUGCACAGGAAAUUGCUAAGUGUCUUGGAUUUGCAGUAACAAUCAAAAACAGUAGUUGUCGCCAUUUACAUCUUCAAUGCAAACAUGGCAGUCAACCCUGUAAUACCUCAAAUUUGACAGUAGACACGCGCAAAAGAAAAAGAAUGAGUAAACGUUAUGGAUGCCAAUUUCUUUUAAAGGCAGUACUACAAAAUUCUAAAUGGCAUGUUACUGAAAUAAUAAAUAAGCAUAAUCAUCCUAUGACCAAAGAUGAAAGAAUUUUCCAUGAACAUCGUCAGUUAAUGCAGGAAACAAGAAGUGUGGCUGUGCGAAUGUUGAAAGCAGGAGCAAGCCCAAGUAUGAUCUAUGAAGCUAUUAGGGACGAGGAUGGAAACCCAACCACAACUCGAAAGGACAUAUCUAAUUUAGGCUUACAAAUCAACUCUCUAGAGGAGACUGCUUCAAUGAAGGCACUGAUAAUUGGCAUGAAGAAAAGAGGAUAUAUAGUGCGCUGUGAAAAUUAUAAAGGAAAUGUAGAUAGUCAUCUAAAGCAUUUAUUUUUCUGCUAUUCUAAUUCGGUAACAAGUGCCAGACGCUUUCCAGAAGUGGUUUUAAUCGAUGCCACUUAUAAAACAAAUGUUUACAAAUUACCAUUUGUAAAUUUUGUUGGCAUUGGUAAUCUUGGUAUAAAUAAAUUGCAAACAUUUGGUAUUGCUGGCACCUGGAUCUCUGAUGAAUCAGAGAAUUCGUAUAUUUGGGUUAUUCGACAGCUCAUUUCUCUUGUAUUUUUUGAACUUUCUCCUUUGGUGUUUGUUACAGAUAAUGAUGCCACACUUACUAGUGCUGUUAGAAAAAUUUUUUCAAAAGCUGAUUGUCUUUUAUGUACUUGGCACAUUUUAAAUAAUUUUAAAAAAAAUUUAAGAAAACAUUUUGAUGAUGAUUCAUUCGAUGAAAUUAUUAAAACUGUGGAUCAUCUUAUUAAUGUAAGGGAUUAUGAUGCAUUCAAUUCAACAAUUACUGCCUAUAAAAAAUUGGCCUCAUUGAGCUUAAACGAAGAGAAUGUAAUAAAAUAUCUUGAGAGAUGGUUGCGUUUGCAUUAUGAAGAGAGCUCAUUGCAAUAUGAAAGUAAAAGUAUAAAUAUUGACCCAUUGUUAGCACAAGAUGAUAAAUAUCAAUUAGGACCACUUUUGGGAAAAGUAUCUCAGUUUGCGCUAAAUAGUAUAAAGAAUGAACUUCUCAGUACCACUAUAUAUGAAGUUUGCUUGUGCGAACCACGUGUUAAUUACAAUAUACCUUGUCGUCAUAUGCUUCCAGCAAAAUGUCCUAUUGUGUUAUCAAGUAUUUCAAAAAGAUGGCUAUUAUUUCCUGAUCAAGAUCAAUUAGAUUCUCAUGAACAGCAAAAGUUAGUCCUUCUAAACCAACUUGAUGAUAUUUUGACAGUUCCAGAAGUUAAGCUUUCUGAUAUAAAAAAUGUUAAGAAAGAACCAACUAAAAGUACCAGCUUUUCGCAAUGUAUUUCAGAACUUCACAUCGAAGCCUCGAAGAUUUUGUUAAAUUAUCACAUUCCUGCUGAUGAUAUAGACCAAGUAUAUAAUCCACUAAGCGAUGGUAAUUGUGGAUUUCAUGCACUUGUCUUUGCUAUUAGAGGGAAUGAAGAAAAUUGGGACCUCAUCAAAUUAGCAAUGAAUAAUCAAUUAAAUAAGCGAAUGGAGAUUUACAAAGAUUGGUUAGGUUAUAACAUUGAAUUGCUUAAACAGAUAUUGGAGUCUCGAGCAUCACCUUGUGAACCUUCGCUUUGGUUUCUGUCACCUGAUUGCGCUCAAUUAGCUGCCAACACUUUUUCUGUUCCUAUCGCUAUUUUUGACGAGAGAAAUGAACAGAGUAUGAUGUUCUUUCCAUUAGAAACACCACCAGUGCAUCGAAGGAACCCAAUUAUUUUACAUUUUAUAAAUGAAAAUCAUAUUAUAUAUGUAG